UGCGGGAUCGGAAGGUGAAACUGGUGCGAGAAUGUCCGCGUUAAUACUGGUACUGAGGCAAUUUCGCGUUAGAGUUCCGAACGAAUUUCGCCCCCGAAAACAUGCACAAAACAAGUUGUGUGGUUUAUAGAGGCGCGAUCGGAAGUUCUGUUUCAUAUGCUUUUCUGCAUCGGCCGAGUCGAGUGGCCGGUACGCGCAGCCGCCGCGCGCUAAGACGCGUGCGCUCCUCACUUUUCAGUUGGGUCUCGGAAAAUGGCGUCGGCAAAGUUUCUCGAGGAAGCUCUGAGCACGGAUGUCGACGAAUCGGCCGUGAACGCGAUCGUGGGCUCCUUGGAGAACCAGCUGGUGACGUCGACGCCCGCCGCGUCGGCACACGGGACGGCGGGCGCCGUCCUCUCCCAGAACCACGUAAACAGCGCGAUCCCGAACGGCGGGAUUGUCGGCCCGCAACAAAAGCACGGCACCGUCGCCAACGGGGACUCGAUCACGGACCCCGCUAAGUCCGUCAACAGUGCCAUGAUUGUUGGGGGGCCCGCACUCACCACCAGCUUCGACGCGAGAACGGCAUCGGAGCCUGUGAAGAUAGUGUACACCCAGGGCCAGGCUUCGCAAGUUCUGCCCAGAGUCUCCAUUCCCAAUGGCACUUUGGGCCUGCAGCAGACGGUGCUACAGUCCAAUGCGGCGGGCAAACAGCCCACGCUUGUGUUAAAGACGAGUGGGGCGCAGGCCCCUAGUGGUAUCGUGACAGUGCCCAUGAACGUUACGUCGACAGUGCCCCAAGCCAAUAACGUAGGUAGUCCCAGCACCCAAUCCCCUAACAUCCUAUCCAAUCUCCAAGUGGUCAAUGUCAGACCUGGAGUUCCCUCACAGCAGCAGAAGGGACAACCAGCCCGUGUAGUGCUCAGUGCACCUCAAAUUGUAGGGGCCCGACCUGGAGCUCCACAAUUAACUCUUCAGUCAUUUCCUGGCCUGCAACCGGGUCAGCAAGGGGCACUGUUAUUGAAAACAGAAAAUGGACAAUACCAACUACUGAGGGUGGGUCCACCAGCAGCCGCCAACCUGACGAACACAUCGCAGCCCUCUGGACAGCCGGUGACGUUCAGAAUGCAAACAGUUGUAACACAACCACAGAUCAGUACAGCAACAAGUCCUGCACAAGCGGGAGGUACAACGACGGUCACAUCAGCGCCACAAGCCGGACAAACGGUCCAGACGCCGCAGAAAGACAAUACCAAAGAAAAGUGCCGAAAGUUCCUAGCAAAUCUAUUAGAAUUGUCCAGCCGAGAGCCGAAACAGGUAGAAAAGAGUGUCCGGACGCUGAUACAAGAACUAAUCGACAUGAGGGUCGAACCGGAAGAUUUUUGCGACAAACUAGAAAAGUUGCUUAACGCCUCCCCACAACCGUGCCUCAUUGGAUUCUUAAAGAAAAGUCUACCGUUGCUGCGGCAUUCGCUGGCGACGCAGGAACUGACGAUAGAGGGCAUCCGUCCGCCGCCCGCGAACGUGGUGUUCUCGAUAGCAGGCGCCACGCCCACCGUGCAAACGGUGGUGCGACCCGCGAUGACGACGACGGCGCAGUCCGGCCAACAGCAGGUUACGGGCGCCGUGCAACAGCAACAGGUGAGGAUCGUGGGGCCGGCGACGGUUGUGCGGCCGGCUGGUGUGGCAUCAACGGCCGGCGCCCAGGUUCUUCAACAGAGGCUUGUCACACCCGUGAGGGCGACGGCACCCGGAGCCACGCGUAUGGUGACGGCCAUAAGGCAGCCGGGCAACGUGAUAGUGAGCGGGUCACAGCCGCCCGCUCUUCAUCCAGUCUAUCCCAACAAUCAGGUUAGGACGGUGGGCCCCGGCGGACAGAUUAGGCAGCCCAUAACCAUCAGGGCGGGCACGCCGAUCACCGCGGCCAAACAACCGGCCGUCGCGCAAGUCAAGAUAGCCGGCGGCCUGAAAACCACAGUGCCUUCGGCCGUGAAUCGGCUUCAAACCAAGGAAAAGGAGAAGAAAACGUUCUCGUCCGCAUAUACGGGCGACGAUGACAUAAACGACGUGGCCGCCAUGGGCGGCGUCAAUCUGGCCGAGGAAUCACAGAAAAUUUUAGGCUCGACGGAAUUCGUCGGUACGAAAAUACGUUCGUGCAAAGAGGAGGUGUUGUGUUCUAUGGGCCCGUUGCAACAAAAAAUAAGACUGGCCAUGGCACGGCACGGCCUCGAAGACCCCGGUUCGGAAGUAGCUGCCUGCAUAUCGCACGCCGCCCAGGAGCGGAUCAAGAACCUCAUCGAAAAGAUGGCCAUUAUUACUGAGCACCGCCUUGAAAUCGUCAAGGCUGACCAACGAUACGAAAUCACACACGACGUGAAAGGUCAGUUGAAAUUUUUGGAAGACCUUGACAAGGCUGAAAGAAAGAAGCACGAAGAACUGGAGAGGGAGAUACUGCUGCGAGCGGCGAAGAGCAGAUCGAAGACGGAGGACCCGGAACAGGCGAAGCUGAAGGCUAAAGCCAAGGAAAUGCAGCGAGUGGAGAUGGAGGAGCUGCGACAGAGGGAGGCAAAUGCCACCGCCCUUCAAGCCAUCGGUCCGAGGAAGAAGCCACGGCUCGACGGGGACACGCUUUCCGGCAGUUUGCAGGCGAAUGUCGGAGGGGUGAACAGCGGGAUCAGGGGCCAGAUGCCGCUCAGACAGCGAAUGAAGAAGGUUACCCUGCGGGAUUUGCAGUUCCUGUUCGAGUCGGAGAAGGAUCUGUGCAAAAGUAAACUGUUGUUCAAGUCGUAUCUCAAGUGAUGCAAGCUUCUUCUUGUCAGUGUUGUGAUAUUUACCACGGACACGUUCGUCGUUGGUUGUCUGCGCCGACACUUGUUCUCAAAUUGUUUGUUUCAUCUGUUCACGAGAAGUGUAUGACGCGCCCGUUUUUUCUAUAAAUGUUCUUUGUUAUUUGUACAUUUGUAUAAUUGAUAUGAUCGAAUUAGUUAAGCUUAAAAAACAUAUUGUUGUGGGUUUUGGCGACGGCACGGGCAAAUCUGAGCGUUCAAAGCGGCGAGACUUGGCCUCGAAUGUGUAAUACAAACGAAAAAUGUUGUUAUAAGACAUUGCUAGCUCAAAUUAAGGCUCAAAUACCAUUUUAACUAUUUAAUCAGAACGGAUUUGAAAUAUACAAGAUUCUUUAUUAUUAUGUAUUUGAUCUCUUUAUUAAAUUUAAUUUUAAAUCUGACUUUACAAGCAGUUAACAUGACUGAAAAAGACCACAGAGAAGUGUCAUUGCUUGACACCACUUAUAAAACAGAUAAAACCAAUGGUACAAACAAAUAGAUCAAUUUUAAAAUAUAUCCAAUAUAAUAUUUAUCUUUUUUAUAGGUAAUUAGAUAUAAUAUAUUUGAUAACGUGGCAGUAUUCGGUUUAAAUAAGUCUUAUCGUCGACCACUGAACUAAAUACAUGCGCACUCUCCAACCCAUGGAUUCAUCACGGCACAUUUAAUUUAAAUCUAGUCUAAAAAACGUCCAACGCGUCCCCCAGAUGAAAAAGUCCGCGACUCGCGCUUUUCCAUAUUUAUAAUUCUUCCGAUUUUCAUCUUGUGGACGGGCGAACGCGUGAUGACCAGCCCUCGGGGCACAAUUUUGGCCAGUCUUUGACGUAUGGCGGUUUUUUCGGUGCUACCCAAACGACAGUGAGCGUCAAUCAAAUACGUAAAUUGGAAAACUAUUCGGAUUUGCCGGCCGGUCACCUCCGAUAUAUCUGUGUGGUUGGGUCGACUUGUUGAGGGGCACCUCGACGACCGUUCUGAUGAGGGUUUUCUUAUUGUAAAUGACGGAAUUAUUAUCGGUAAUGAUUUAUUGUGGAAUAUUUUUGCCCGUGGACGGCCGUCGAUGGGGACCAAUGAGGACUGCAGUCACAGAAUAAAUAUUAUAUUGUAUAGUUGGAAAUUUUUGGCACCAAGGGAGAGAAUGUGAGAGAGAGCGAGUGAUGUUGUUUUGUAUCAAAACUGUAGCAAAUAUACCUGAAAUUAGAACCUGGUUUUGCACGCCAGUGUCCGUCGACAGGUGCAGUUGGUUGUUCAUUGAAUGCGUAAUUUAUUCUAAAUUUGCGUAGAUAAUCAUUGUAGUUAAAAAGAGAAUUGUCCGUAAACAUUCCAUUUUUCAGAGGUUUUAUAAAAUUUUCGUGCUGCGGUAAGAUAGUUCUCUAUUUAAGCUGUGAUAAAAUUUUUAUUGAACAACAGGGUUGAUCAUUUUUUACAUGGAAUUACCGAGAAAUUCAAUUUAUUUUUCUUACGGACCCUCUGCACUUUUUGGUGGGCAUCGGCGCAUUUAUUUUCUUACUUUAGAACACUAAUAGAAUCGUUUUGAAUAUAGAGUUUUGUUAAGAGGAUGACACAUCUUCAGUAAAAUAAUAAAUAUAUAUAUCAUAAUUUUUUCUACAAUUUCAUGUACAUAUACUGUAGAUUUUCUAUACCAAUAUCAAUUUUUUCUUUAUAAGAAAAUAUUUUAAAAAAAGGUCAUGUUAAUAAUCUGUAAUUAGUUGUAUAAUUGUUUUUUUUUAAAUCUAAUAUGAGUAUAGAUAUAUAAUUUUUGUUAUAGAUUAAUAUUUAAUAUAAUAAAACGAUAAAAGGCGAA